CGGAGGUAAUUCUUUCUGUGUUUGCAGUUUUCCAUUCGUUUUCUCUGACCAUUUGCUGAGGUUUUUCUCCGUGGCAAUGGCUGAGAUGACGAUGUGUUGGGGGUUUAACUUAUGAGCUCUGAAUACCAAGUCGUUCCGAGAUUUCCAAAUCUGCCAUAAUAAUAAAGCAAGGAGCUCAAAGGAUACAGAGGGGCAUAGCAGAAACAGAUGCUCUAUGGAUUCUGGAUGCUGUUGACAUAUCAAGCAAGUGGCUUCAGUUUCUCGACAACCAAUGGUCCUUGCUGGUUACAAGCUAAAAGUACCCCUGUGCCACCUUGCAAUUCUGAUGCAGGAUCCAGCAUUGUCUUGUCAAUGUCUUCCCUAAUUAUUUCCUCCAUCAUGACUUUCUUGCCCUUUGCGGCGGCACUACUGCUGCUUUCCAUCUCCGGAGUACCCUCAUACACCACUAGCUGCCUUGAAUUCUCUGGUGUCUCAGAAAUCGCCUCAUCCACUGCUUUAAUCUUCCUCUUCGACCACAGUCCUCCUAGUCUCUUACACAAGGCAGCAAGACGAAUUUCAGACUCCUCUGACUCCUCCAUGAAGUGGGCUGGAGAUUUUCAGUAAAGGGUUGUAAUAACGGGUGAAGAGUGGUUGAAGUAAACAGAGGAUGCUCAGAAUUAUGAUUCAGGGAUAAAAUGUAGAAGAUAAGAAAAGG